UGCUGUUGGAGCCUGCUUGGUUUUAUCUGUGGGAUCAUUGAUCUAGUAUUUGUUUAUUAGUUGAGGCAAUGAUGGAAGGAACCCUAGCAUCCUUCCUUGUUUCGUCCUUUCCUGUUUGAAAAAAAUUGUGGGGCAUAUUUUUGUCGAUGGCGCGAGUACAAAAUGAAGAUGGUGAUCGUUAUUCGGAUGUGGAUAUAGAGAGUAUUCUAGCGCGGGUAGAGCGGAGGGGACCACUGACUCUGGCCAGGAAGCGCUCGCUAUACAGGGCACCAGAAUUCGUCAAACGCUUGGCACAAGAAAUAACAGUUGACGAAGGAUCGACAGUUUGCUUCGAAUGUAAAGUGGUUGCCUUUCCGAAUCCGACCAUAACUUGGACCAAAGACUUCAAAGCCUUACCCGAUGAUUCCCGAUUCCAAACGGAAAGUACUGACAACGGUGUAUACACGUUAACAAUAAAUGAGGCCACGAAAAAAGACGAAGCAACGUACCGAUGCCAGGCGGAGAAUGUCGAAGGUUCGUCCUCGAGUACGAUUUAUUUAGCAGUGAAAGCUCUUAAAAAGGACAAACCUAAGAAAUCUUCCGGUGGAGUAUUAGCACAUGCUCAAACAUUUCCGGUCAUCAAAGAGGAAGUGGAAGAGGAGGAAGCGGAAGAAGAAUACUUUCGGAACCAACCAGAUUCUCCAUUAACUUCUCUGUAUUGCGGAAUAAAAUGGAAGAACCGCACUUGGCCUGACUUCUUAUAUGACAAAUCGUUUGCUGUUAAUUAUUAUGCAGAUUAUGACUUGGAAUCCAUGGACACGGACGAAGAUGACGUAUUCUUGUCAGAACCUGGAAAUGAUAAACAAGUUGGAUUUCCUGAUUUCCAGGAUAACAGUGAUUCGGACUCAGAAAUGGCAAACAUUAUAAAACAAAAUCUCAUUUUUGAGAAUAGAAACUUUACCAAUUCAUUUACAGAAAAAGCUAAUGGAUCAUGUAGGAUUGACCAAGAUCUGAAUGCAAAUACAUACACAGACACGUGCACAUCAAUUCUGAAACAAAAUGGCGACGUCCCACAUUUUAUGAAAUCUUUACAUGAGAUCAGUGAAAACAUUACGGACAACGCGGUACUCUCUUGGCAAGCAAACCCUAGUGUUGUGCCGACAUUUUCCGACGUCACAGGAAUGAACUUGGCCGUGCUUGUGUUUCUUUUAUCGGGAUAUACUUUCCUAGCAUUAAGAUGGAACAUGGAUCCUAGAACGUUCGUGUGUUUUGAAUUAUUCGUUGAGUUUUUAUUCUUAAUAGUGAGUUCAUUAUUAGACUAAUUGAUAUACACAUAUGUAAAUAUAGAGGGUUUAAUUUGUUAAAAACUAUUAAUUGAAUUCUGCGUUGCCUUUUGAAUACUAAGUAUUUAUUGUUGAAUAUAGAUUAAAGAGAUUGAUUAAUUUUGUAA